AUGGUCAAAAAACGACUCGUUGUUGGCCUUUCUUACAAAAAUGUAGAUGAGAAGCUUGCGAGGACCAUUCGGGCUACUAUUCGGUCUUCAAAAGACUUCAAAGAUUUUCUUAUCAAUGACUUUCAAUUUUCUCCUGAUGAAAUCGUGUAUAUGUCGGAUGAAUUAGAUGAGAAUUGUCCAAAGGAUAGAGACAUAUUAAGGAAGCUAUCUUUCAUGGUAAGAAUGGGAAAACCCGGCGAUGUUUUGGUUUUUUAUUUCUGUGGCCACGAGUGCCGAAUUCCAGCAAGAACGACGAAGAACAAUUCUUCAUUUAUCGAGUAUCUCGCAACUGGACCGACGAGUGAUGGGGAGUUAACUAUGAUACAAGAUCAUGAUUUCCGAGAGAUCGUAGAAACUGUGCUAGAGAAAUGUUUUGAGGUAAAAUAA